AUGAGCUCAAUUGGAACUGGCUACGAUCUUGCCGCCUCAACAUUCUCCCCUGACGGAAGAAUUUUCCAAGUUGAAUAUGCUCAAAAAGCUGUUGAUAAUGGUGGAACGAUGAUUGCGAUUCGCGGAAAAAAUGGCGUAGUCAUGGCUGUUGACAAAGUCAUCACUUCAAAACUCUACACAGAUAAUGCCAACCCAAGAAUGUUCAAUGUCAACGAGAAUGUCGGCAUGGGAAUCGCUGGCGUUUAUCCAGAUGGAUUCUCACUCAAAAAUUAUGCGUACGGAGAAGCAAUGAAAUGGUUGAAAGACUACCGCGAGCCAAUGCCUGUGCAGAAGGUGGCGAACAGCGUUGCCGAAUACGUUCAUAUCUUCACUCUUGGAAUUUCCCGACCGUACGGAGCCGCCGCAUUCUUUGCCUCUUGGGACAAAAAGGACGGUGGCCGUUUGUUCCUCGUCGAGCCGUCUGGCCUCAAUUACGAAUACAAAGCCUGGUCAGUGGGAAAGCAUCGUCAAGCGGCCAAGUCUGAAAUCGAGAAGCUCAAAAUCGAGCAGCUCAGCGUUCAGGAUCUUGUGAAAGAAGCUGCCCGGAUCAUUAUUGCAAUUCGAGAUGAGAACAAAGAUAAAGACAUUCAAAUCGAAAUGGGAUGGGUUGGUGAGCACACAAACGGCAAAUUUGAGUCGGUUCCUGAUGAUGUCGUCGCUGCCGCUGAAGAAUGGGCGAACGCCAAGCUUGACGAAGAUGAUAUGGAGGAUUGA